AUGGCCGACCCGCGCUCGCGUAGCGGCUUCCGAGGGCCUGAGGAGGAGCAGAAAGAGGUGGAGGAGGAGAAGCAGGAGGAGGACGAGGAGGAGGCGGCGGCGAGGGAAGAGCUGAAGAAGGAGUCUGAGGUCCCCAGGACGUUCAGCGAUGAGGACCUCUGGGAGGCCAUGGGCGUCGACGACGGCAGUGACAACCUGCCGGGCGUCCUCCCCCGCUUGGCCAGCGUCAUCAGCCCCAGCCUGAGCACGACGCCGCUGAGUCCCGGAGAGACGCCGAGCGAGGGCAGCCCUACGCCGGGCGGGAGCCUCUCCUCCAGCACCUCAGUCGGUAACAGUUUUCCUAAAAUAUUUCAUACGUUUAGGAAAGACACAUCUGAAACGAAUUUAGAUAAAAAUAUCUAUUCCCAUUUGUAUCAAGGAAUUCCAGUAUCAGUACAAACAGAAGAAAGUUGGCUUCAAGAAUUAUUUGGUAAAAAGCAGUCAAGGAAGAAAAUACUCACUUCAGCGAGGGAAGCAGAACCCGAAUGUCUGGCUUCCAAGUUAAGAGGAAAAUGGGUAAUUAAUCCAGAAGAACCAAAACUAAAUAUUUUAUAUGAGCUGGAGUUUAAGGAAGACUUCAUAACACUAUUUGAGCCUUCUCUAAGAACAUUACCCAGCAUCGGGCCACCAUCCAUUCUGGCGUACAAAGAAGAAAGGUCUAAUCUAGGCAUUAAUUUCAAGGAUGAAGAGGAGGAGAAAUCACCUAAGUGUGAAUUUUGUGGAAGUGACCUAAGUGAAUUUCUUUCCAGUGUGGACAUUUGUUCUGAACCAAUGAUACGUGCCUCCUGUUGUAUUCACUUCCAAAAUCUGGUUGACUAUAUCUAUGAGGAAGAACAAAAAACCAAAAGCUCUAAAGCUGAAUUAAUCAGCAUUAAUCCUCACGUAGCACAUGGUAGUGAAGUUGAUAGACUCAAGGCAAAGGAAAAAGCCCUGCGAAGAAAACAGGAGCGACAAAUGGCCAGACAAAGGGCAAUAAUAUCAAAUGAACAGACUAGUUCCGCUGAAGCGGAUUCAAAGCAUUUAAAAACUAUUUCGUAUCAACUUUCCCUGGAUAUUCCAAAAGAAGAGCCAACUGAUGACAGACUACUUGAUUUUCACCUAGAAAACAGUAACAUAUCCAUUGUUUGUUGUGAUUCUAGGGUAGCAUGUGGAAAGGUUAUGAGGAAUGAACUCUUAGAGAAGCACUAUAAACAUGGGAGCAAGUUUCUGACUUCAUUUCCAGAUGGGACAACACAAAUAUUCUAUCCAUCUGGAAACCUAGCCAUUAUCCGAGUGCCCAACAAGAUAAAUGGUUUCACUUGUAUAGUCCAAGAAGAUGUGCCCACUAACCCUUCCAUCCUGGCAGUGCUGGACUCCUCUGGCAGAAGUUCCUGCUAUCAUCCCAAUGGAAAUGUCUGGGUGUACAUCAAUAUCUUGGGAGGUCAAUAUUCAGAUCAAGCUGGCAACAGAGUAAGGGCUUGGAAUUGGUCGAGUUCCAUCGCUUCCUCACCGUUUGUUUCAUUUAAACCUGUCUUUCUGGCUUUGAACCAUUACGUUGGAGUUCGCAUCCUAGAACAAGACAAGAUUUCCAUCACUUUUCUAGCAAUGGGCCAACAGGCAAGAAUCAGUGUCGGAACCAAAGUGAAGUUACCACACCCCGAGGAGAUCCCGGCCCUCCGACACCUGAGCGGGGAAGACCUGCUGCUGCUGGCCACUGUGGUCAAGAUUCGGCGCCUGUUUCAUAAACUUGAAAUUUGUGUGAAUUUCCCCUCGAGCCAGGUUUGGGAAAAAUUAAAGCAACCUUCCUACCUCUCUUCGCUUUCUCUAAAAUUAAUUGCCCUCUGCCACAAUUCCGGUAUAAAGAGCGAUAUAAUAACGACAAUAGUAAGAGAUAUAAUAAAUGAAAAGUUUAACUAA